AUGCGUAGCCUCUACAUGGGACUGGGCGCCAUCGCUCUGGCGUCCGUCAAUGCUUGGGAAUACCCCUUUUGUGAACAUGAUGGGUGCUACCGCAACCUCAUCGAUGAACGCUUUGCUGAGGAGGCCAAGGGCUUCUGUGUUGAGUUCCUCCAUGGAACCACCACUGCUGCCGCUGCUAUCCCAACGGACUUCAACAACUGCGCCGGAGAUGUCAAGGCUGUCUCCUCUGCCUGCUCCUGCAUCACCUACAGCUUGAGCACAACCGUCCCUGCCACCACCAGUACCUCUGCCCCAUGGACCACAAGCACCCCUGCUCCCCCGACCACCGUCAGCACCACCGAGGCCACCAAGACUACUUGGUCUUCUUCCAGCGAGGUUGUCUCUACGAGCACAUCCAAGGAGCACUCUUCCUCUACUCCCGUCACCUCCGAGGCUAGUACAUCGUCCACCUGGGUCAGCAGCACCAAGGUUCACAGCACCUCCACCUCUUCCGAAGACUGCACUACCUCUUCCACCGCCGUCAGCAGCACCAAAGUCCACAGCACAAGCACCUCAUCGGAGGAUUGCACGACUUCCACUGUUGUCAGCAGCACCAAGGUCCAUAGCACGUCUACGUCGACCGAGGACUGCACUACCUCCUCGACUGUUGUCAGCAGCACCAAGGGCGUCUCUACCUCUACCAGUGAAAUCGUGAGCACUACCAAGUACCACAACACGACGACUCCUGCUACCGAGGACUGCACAACUUCCACAGCGGUCAGUAGCACCAAAGUUCACAGCACGACGACCGAGGACUGCACCACCGAGACAACCGUGAGCACCAAGAGCCAUCACUCCCACUCCAGCAAGCCCACGACUCACGUCCCUCCUCCCCCUCCCACCACCACCGAGGAUUGCACCACCGAGACUGCCGUCAGCAGCACCAAGGGGGAGAGCACGACGAAGACCUGGGUCCAUCCUCCUCCUCCUCCUACUACCACCCCCUAUGCCAACACGACGAGCGCGAAGCCUCCUCACACCAAGACUAGCACCACCAAGCUGACCACGUCCACCGUCUAUACCACGACCGUUGAGACCGUGACAAGAUGCCCGCCCAGCGUCACGAACUGCCCUCACACUCCCGUCACUACAACCAAGACCAUUGCCGUCUCCACGACUAUCUGCCCCGUCACGGAAGAGUCCACAAAGCCCGUUCCCACCCACCCUGUUCCUCCCCCAACGACCUGGACGACUUCUACUGUUUACACAACCAAGGUUCACACCAUCACCAGGUGCCCUCCCGAUACCCCCAACUGCCCUGAGGGUCCUCACACCACCACCGAGACUAUUCCUGUCUCCACCACCAUCUGCCCCGUCACAGAGAGCGUGCCUCACACUUUCACCACUGUGCACCCGGCUCCCAGCAGCCCUCCUCUUCCUCCCCCGCCCGCUGGCACUCCUCCUGCUGGCACUCCUCCUGCUCCUCCCGCCAGCACUCACCCGGCCCCCCCUGCCGGUACUCCCCCGGCUGGCACUCCCCCGGCUGGCACUCCCCCGGCUGGCACUCCCCCGGCUGGCACUCCUCCCGCUCCGCCUGCUAGCACCCACCCUGCUCCCCCCGCCGGUACCCCUCCCGCCGGUACCCCCGCGCCCCCUCCGGCUGGCACCCCUUCUGCCCCUCCUGCCGGCACUCCUCCUCCCGCUGCCACCACGCCCGUCGCCACGCCCAGCAAGACCACCACUGGCCCGGUUCAAGUCACCAACGCUGCUGAUCGCCUCGGCUCCGGCAUCUUGGCUGCAGCCGCUGGUGUCGUGGUUGCUGCUCUGCUCUGA